AUACAUAUUUUUUUUAAUUAAAAUAUAAAAAAAUUUAAAUUCAAAAAUUUUUUUUAAAAACUGUGAUUUUGAAAAAUUUGAAGUUUUGAAAUAAUAUUGAAAUUUUUUGAAAUUUUAAAAAUUAAAUCUGAAAUUUUAUUAACAAAAUAAUAUCAAAAUGAAGAUUUCAUCUCCUUACACAUUAAAGGAUCUACAAUUGGCCGAUAAUAAAAGAUGUGAAGAGAUCAAAGGUAUGCUGGAAAGAUUUCAUCUAAACAAAGAUCAUGUUCAGGGUAUUGUUAAGGCUUUUGAAUCUGAAAUUGAAUUGGCUUUAAAGGAUCAACCAUCAUCACUUCUCAUGGAAAAUACAUAUAUACCUGAAUUACCAGAUGGAACUGAGAAAGGUCUCUACUUAGCCUUAGAUCUUGGUGGUACAAAUUUUCGUGUUAUUCUUCUUGAAUUAGAUAAUGCCGAAGUUAAACAUGAAUAUGUUCAAAAAUUUCAUAUUGAUGAUGAUGUUCGGGUAUCCGAAGGUGAUAAAAUAUUUGAUUUUCUUGCAAAAUGUGUCAAUGAUUUUUUACAUGAACAUGGCGCACAUCAUGAAAAAAUUGCAAUGGGUUUUACAUUUUCAUUUCCAAUGAAACAACAUAGCUUACAUUCAGCUAGUUUAAAAAAAUGGACAAAAUCAUUUCAUUGUCCGGCAAUUGUUGGUGAAGAUGUUGUAUUAAAAUUACAGAAUGCUUUAAAUCGUAUCAAAAGAAGUAAUAUUGAAGUAUUAGCAAUUAUGAACGAUACCACUGGAACAUUAUUACAAGGUGCCAAAUUAGAUCAUCAAACACGUAUCGGUAUUGUUGUUGGUACAGGGACAAAUGCAGCAUAUAUUGAACAUGCUGAACGUGUUAAACAUUGGGAACAAAAACGUCAUGGUGAAACAAAUGUUGUUGUUGUAUCUGAAUGGGGUGGCUUUGGAGAUAAUGGUGUUAUUGAUUUUUGUAAAACAGAAUUUGAUAUUGAAGUAGAUCAAAAUUCAUUGAAUUGCCACAAUUAUACUUUUGAAAAAUAUAUCAGUGGAAAAUAUAUUGGAGAAACGUGUCGUGUUAUAAUCAAGAAACUUCAAGAGAAAAAAUUACUUUUCGCUAAUGCCAAUCCAGAAAAACUACCUCAUCCGUACAAAUUUUGUUCUAGUAAUUUAUCUUCAAUAGAAGAUGAUCAUUUGAAAACUAAUCAAAAUAAUUGUGGAACGAAAAAAGUUCUUGAAGACUUCGGUUACGUUUAUGGUAAAGAUUUUCAUGAUGAAGACAUUGAAAUCGUUCAGUAUAUUGUUGGUAUUAUUGAAAAACGUGCUGCAACACUAUUAUCGGCUGUGACAUCUGUACUUGUUAAUAGAAUGGAUGAAAGUAAUGUUACAGUAGCUAUUGACGGUUCAGUUUAUAAACAUCAUCAUAGGUUUAGGCAAUGGUAUCAUCAAAUGACAAAUGAAUUAGCCCCAGAAAAGAAUAUCAAAUUUAUUUUAGCGGAAGAUGGAAGCGGUAAAGGUGCAGCUUUGGCAGCAGCAAUAGCUAGAAAAAUAGAAGAUAGACAUUAUGAAGAAUAAUUUUUUUUUGUUUUGAAUAUUUUUUUGUUAUUUUUGUUAAUUAUUUUAGUUGUAAUAUUUUUUCCUGAUUAGACUUUUUUUUUUAUAAAGUAAUUACGUAUACAUACAAUUAGACUUUAGUAAUAGGUUGAUAUUAUUAUAUAAUUUUAUUAUUAUUUGAGAUUCAAAAAAAAAAAGAGAUUAAUUAAAAUGAAAAUAAAAUCAAUUAGAGAGUAUAGUACAGAGGUUUUGCCAUAUUCGAAUGUUUAGAAUAAAUUUUAAUUUUUUGGUUUUUUUUUUAUUAAAUUCAUUGCAAAUUUUUUAGAUUUGAAAAAAAAUCGAGAAAAAUUUUUGGGAAAAAAUUAAUUUUUAUAAUUUUUUUGAUUGUUUUAAAAAAAUAUUUUAUGAUUUUUGCCAAAAAAAAAAUAUAAUAAAACAAUUGUGAAUGCAUUUUAUGAUCUUCCAUCUAAGAUUUACAUUUUAAUAUUAUAUUAAAUAUAUAUUGUAUAUUAUUUUACUCAUAUUAUUUAAGAAAUAAAGUAUA